CUCUCUCUUUCUCCUUCUCUUUCAGUGCCUUCUCUCGUCUCAGGGUGGUUUUAGUCUCCUCAGUUAUUGGGUUCGUUUGGACUUUUGAUAAUCCAAGAAUGGAUGAUGAGUUUGCUAAGCUUAUAUGGAGGGUGAACCCACCAAGAGUUGUGAUUGACAACGACGCCUGUGACCAUGCUACUGUUAUUCAGGUUGACAGUGUUUACAAGCAUGGCAUUCUCCUGGAAGUUGUUCAAGUGCUGACAGAUCUAAACCUUAUUAUAACAAAAGCAUACAUCUCUUCCGACGGUGGUUGGUUCAUGGAUGUGUUCAACGUGACUGACCAAGAUGGGAAUAAAAUCAGAGAUGGGGAAACCAUCGACUACAUACAAAAGACUAUUGAAACUGAUGCUUGCUUCUUACCCUCAUUAAGAGGCUCUGUAGGGAUGAUGCCCUCUAAAGAACAAACCUCAAUCGAACUAACUGGCACUGACAGGCCUGGUUUACUAUCCGAAGUAUGUGCUGUGCUUGCUGACCUUCAUUGCCAUGUGGUAGAUGCUGAGAUCUGGACACACAAUGCUAGAGCAGCAGCUGUGGUUCAUGUCAUAGAUGAGGCCACAGGGCGUGCCAUUGAAGACCUAGAAAGGCUCUUAACAAUCAAGGAACUCCUAUGCAAUGUCCUAAAAGGCAACAAUGAUUUGAAAGCAGCAAAAAUGACACUUCCGGCCCCUGGUGUAAUGCACACUGAGAGAAGGUUACACCAGAUGAUGUUUGCCGACAGGGAUUAUGAAAGGGUGGAAAGCCCAGGGCUUGAGGGAGCUGGUGAUAUGAGAUCAAGACCCCAUGUUACCAUAUUGGAUUGCAUAGAGAAGGAUUAUACUGUGGUUACUAUCAGGUCCAGAGACCGGCCAAAGCUCUUAUUUGACACCAUAUGUACACUAACAGACAUGCAAUAUGUAGUGUUUCAUGGAACAGUUGAUGGUGGAAGGGAGGAGGCUUACCAGGAAUAUUAUAUCCGGCAUGUCGAUGGGUUCCCUGUAAGCUCGGAAGCUGAACGACAACGUGUGAAACAAUGUCUUGAAGCAGCCAUUGAGAGGCGGUCAGAGGGAAUGGAGCUAGAACUGUGCACCGAGGACCGGGUUGGACUUCUCUCAGACAUUACCAGGAUAUUCCGGGAAAAUAGUUUGUCCAUUCAAAGAGCAAAAAUUUCAAGAAAAGGUGGCAAAGCAAGAGAUACUUACUAUGUCACUGAUGUCUCUGGUAACCUUGUUGAUCCUAAGGCUAUCGACUCAAUUUGCCAACAGAUUGGGCAAAGGAUUCUGUGGGUGAAACAGAACCCAAGUUUGACUCCAAAACCUCCUGAGGAGGCCACUGGUUUCCUCUUUGGGAACUUGUUUAUAGCUCGAACAUUCCAAAAUUUAGGGUUGAUUAGAUCGUACUCCUAGAUUUCUCUUGAAAUUUGCUGCUACAUCCAAUGUUGCACUCAACUUUAUACAAUUAUAAGAAUUAGUUAGGAGAAAACGUUUAGGAACCAGACACUGUUAAAUGUCUUCUCCCCUUUGUGCAGAAGUGUCUGUGUAUGUCAUAUUUCGAGUAGAAGAAACUCAGAAGCCCUAGUAUAUUGUAUACUGGCAGGUUAGGUGUCUAUACUUCUCUCAGUUCCGUUACUAAAUUGUGUACAGAUGUGCAUACAUUGUAAAAGAGAAAAGAGACCAGAAAGAGACUUGUACAGAUACUAUUGCUACAAGCAAAGUGAUGUGAAUGUUUGUAAAUAUUUAUAAGUGUAGAUCUCCUUGUAAAUUUCAUUGUUAGAAA